UCUCCCGCUUGGUUACACGAGGAGUCGCGAGGAGCCUCUGAUAGCAGUCGGUCCAUCCGCCGCCGCCACACCUGAACAUUCACCAAAACCAGUGAAGGAGAGCCAGCUGUAAGGCGAAGAAGCCGCUGGAAGGAGGCUCUCCUGAAAAAUCAAGAAGAAGAAGAAGAAGAAGAAGAAGAAGAGAGGGGGGAAGAGGAGAGAAAAACGGGGGCACGCAGCAGUCAGCCGGCUGGCCGGGACGCGGAGCUCGUCCGGAGGGGAAGAAAUCAGCGCCGCGACCGUCACAUCACAUCGCAGAUGACAAAGUCUCAGUGAAGCAGAGAGAGAUGUGGCGGAAGAAGUUAUUCCUGUUAAUCGCUGCCAUCAGUACCGUCAGUCUGCUGCUGCACCAUGGGGGUCACUUGAGCUGGACCAUCGAUACCUUCUACCAUGGCUGUCCUUCCUUCCAUUCCCACCCUGUCCCAAGCAUGAAACCUAAGCACACCAAUGUGGCCUUCCUUAAGACCCACAAAACGGCCAGCACCACCAUGCAGAACGUGCUUUUUCGCUUCGCAGAACACAACAACCUCACUGUGGCGUUGCCAGUGCAGUCCUGCGGCCACCAGUUCUGCUACCCACAGUCAUUCUCCUCUCAUUUCGUCCACCCGCACACACUUCCGCCAAACAUCAUCACCAGCCACAUGCGCUUCAACAAGGCGGAGCUGCAGCGCCUGAUGCCCAAUGACACAAUGUAUAUCACUAUCCUGAGGGAACCCAGCUCCAUGUUUGAAUCCUUGUUUACUUACUUCCACCAGUACUCGCAGAGCUUCAAGAGGGUCCCCAAUGACUCCCUGGAGGCUUUCUUAGCAGAUCCCUGGCGCUACUACCGACCAAAAGAGAAGGACUCCAUGUAUGCACACAACACCUUGGCCUUCGACUUGGGCAGAGACAAGGAUCGCCCAGCAACAGAUGCGGCAUAUGCACUGGCCUUUAUAGAAGAAGUGGAGCAAGUUUUCUCCCUUGUAAUGAUUUCCGAGUACUUUGAUGAGUCACUGGUUCUCCUUCGUCAUCUCCUCUCCUGGGACCUGGAUGACAUUCUGUAUUUUAAGCACAACAUGCGAACAGAAAGCUCAAAGCGGUCCCUAACGCCAGGCCUUGCUGCAAAGAUCCGUGCCUGGAAUUCUUUAGAUGCACGUCUCUACGAUCACUUCAACGCGUCCUUGUGGCGCCAGAUUGAAGCUCUGGGUCCAGCCUGUGUGGCAAGGGAGGUGCGCGUCCUUCGACAGGCCCAGGAGAGGCUAAUGAAAAGCUGCUUCGAUGGGACGGUGCCACUCUUCCGCUCAGCCACACAGAUCAAGAACAAGGAUCUCCGCCCGUGGCAGCCAAGUGGCAAAGUUGACAUUAUAGGCUACGAUCUCCCAACAAAUCUGAGCCGUGGGUAUUCUAACCAGGCCCAGGAGCUCUGCCUCAAAUUCAUCCAGCCAGAGAUCCAGUACACACAGACGCUCCUACGUUCCCAAUCACUGCGCUACCGUCGAGGCCACCAGCUCCGGGCUCCACAGCAGACACGUCCCCAGCAAAUGCAGCCCAUACGCAAAGUGCAACACAACCAAAUGUCUCCUCCAGCCCCUGGCCCUGCAUCAGUGACUGGAUCUGCCUCCAACUCAAAGCAUUCAGCAUGACCUCAAGGUUGGACGACAAAGUUAUUGCCUAAUUCCUCACAGACCCAGGCUUUGUCAACCAAAAUGUAGAGAACUAAAUAUAAUUUGAGGGCUAAACAGACUGCAUUUUUCAACCCAACCUGACCCUUGAGAUAAAAAUGCUUGGGAGUACAAGGAAGUCUUUGGAAAAGGCUUGCUUCGUUCUUAAAUCUUAGUCUAAAAAAAUAAAUGUGGAAAAAGGGAGGGUUACACAUAUCCGGACAUGAACUUGAAUCUCUCCAGUCUGUGAAACGGUAUCGGGAUUGGCAGACACAACUGUGGGAGAAAUCUACACUGGGACUCGGCUAAAUUGCACACCUCUGCAUUGUCGGCCACAGUGGAUGGGAGAGAGAUUCAGGUGAAAGUGGUUCUUUGAAGCAAAUCUGUUACACGCAACUAGAACUCAAUAGGGAAGUGGCGAUAUCGGGUCUAUUGUGAAGCACAGAGUGGGCUUUGUGUGCAUCACACUGCUGUAGUAUCAUGUUUCUUGCUUUCAUUCUCUCUUUCUUCAGCCCCCUUUUGCGCUCUCUCCCUAACAUAUGCCAUUUAAAGUCCUUGGGAGAGACAUAAUGACAUAAAAGGAUCAGCUGUCAGGCUUCCAAAGAGUCUCCUACAAGUAAGAGGCCAGACAGACCCCAAGAUAACCUCCAACUAUUAAUUCAACAGCACAAUUGACAACUCUUCUUCUUUUAUAAACUCCAGAGGAUAAAGCAAUGGAGGGAGGAGGGGGAUUAAAAUGUCACAUAGACAGAGACAGAGAGAGACCUUAUCCAGAGGGUAAGCCUAAAAGACUGCUGGAAACUCAGUUUGUCCACCCAUUAUCGCUAUGACUCAUGCAGAGACUGAACACACACAUAAGCCUGUGUCUCUUCGGCCUUCGACCUCGCUGGCUUCCUCCGUGCACCCGUCUCUCCAUCCUCUCAUCCAUGCUGCAACCCUCUGGCCAGACUCUCAAUCCAGACAUCAGCACUGACUUCUUGCUUCCUUCACCGUUGACUCAAGUCUCUUUUGGACCACCAGCUGAGAUCACAUCUUGCAUUGUAGAGACUCUAUGACAAAGUCAGGGUUUCGGGGUGUGGGGGUUCUAAUCUCGGACAUUAUUGCAAUAAGAUCUCCAGGCCUGUGUUCUACAUGAAAAGCGUGGAUUUUAAUAACUUACCAGCAACCCCACACUGCACACAUUGAUACAAACAAAAACGUAAAACAACUUGACAGGACAAAGACUUGAGGCCUGUGGGUCAAAGUGUUUGAAUAUUUAAUCAUCUCCUCUCAAGGCCCUCCUAUGGCUCGUGUUCUUGGGUUACACAGCCGUACAUUUUCAUUAAGAAUAUGAGGACCAGACGAAAGCUGCUCCAUCUGAGCCCGGAAGCACAGGGGGACAAGUGCUUCAAGCCUCGCAAGGCUGGUGGGUUGGCUGGGAUGGCAAAAUGUCAUCACUUAUCUCAGCUGUGAUCCAUUUUUAAUGCAUUCUGCUCAUAUUUAAUGUGUCAUUUAUGUUCUUUUACUCCUCUAGUGAUCAGCAGGGUACUACUAAAUAACUGGGAGCGCAUAGGAAGGAUGUCUUUGUGAGCAAAGGAGUCUUUCUGCUUCAUGUAUGCCAAGUUUGCACGGCAACAAAAUGAAGUAAUGUGUGUGGGAUUUAUUAUAACUAUGUAUUAUUUAUUAUCUGGACUUGAAGAGCUACAUUGCUGUAUUUUUAACUGUUAUUUUUCAUGAAUCACUGGAUAGAACCUGUUCGUUGCCAAUGUGGACCUUUAUAUGUUCAGUAUACCACUUCAGGCAACAGAGAUGGACCAAGGCAUGUGGCAAUGGUGUAAAAUAUUCAUUCUAUACAUGUUCUGCAUAAGAGAAAACUACUAGGACCACUUCUGAAAGCCGCACGUUGAAACAAGUGUAGUCGCUUUAAAAUUAAUCUUUAAUUCAGCGGUGCUUAAGUGCUCAACCACACAAUGCUUUUGUGGUUUGGAGUCUGUCGCACCGUAGGUUACAGUAAUGAAAAACACACAAACCGCCGCUGCUCUGACAGGAAUAAAAGAAAAAAAAAGCAGAGCAAGCGGGAAAGAAAAAACACACUGGAAUAGACGAUAAACAGUUUUAUGAAGUGGAUGUGAAUAUCUGAAUUCAGAGUGUGUUUAUCAGACUUUACCGGGGAACCUCAGCUUUGAAAGCACGAAACGCACAGCGGUUUUUAUUUAUUUACAGGUAUUUGAAAUGAGUUCAGCUGUGUGUGAUAUUUAUUCACGGUACGUACACUGUAAAAACAUACUGGCUCAGUUCACUUGAAAGGAUAAGGCUGUUUUUUUUUCCUAUAUUUUUCUCACUUUCAACAAACUCCUUAAAAAAAGACCAUAAACAACAGUGUGUGAGUCUAUCUGCCAACUUCUCCACCCUGUCUGCGGCACAACUUCACGUGCGUUGAUUUAACUUUUUUUUAACUUUCCUAAAACAGCUGGUCGCUUUAGUUUUUAAUCAAACGUUGCUCAAACGGAAACUUGCAUUUGUUAGGUACUUUUUUCGGCAGCGGAUGAAUAUACGUUUGGUGUACUGGUGACUAUUUGUGGCAUUUUUUUGACUCAGAAUAAACUACAGUGUCCCUGUUCACUGUGUGACACACUGAUGUGUUUUAGUGAUAAUGUAUUUUUACAACAACAGUGGUCAAUGGCACAGAGGAAUAAGAUUCAUCAGGCUUUACUGGCAAUAGAUUUUGGUCUUUUCAUGGGAUUUGUUGACAACAAAAUAUCACUACUCUUAUCCUUUAAAUGUGUUUGCUGAGUGUGCUGAUCCUCAACUAUGUUUUAAGUAGUUUGAAUUCAGCUGCUACUUGUAAAAGAAGGCCUUUCAUUGGAAUGAAACGUCUAAACUGUCUCAUCUCGCUGUAAAUUAACAAGAAAACAUUGGAGUUAUGUGUUUGUCUUAUUUAUGGAGCAUUUAUGGAGGCUCAAAGUGUUCAGCAUUAAAGGAAUGAAUAAGAACAUGAAAUGUGAAUAAAUACAGUCCAAACUUCAAACUUCUAAUCAUAAAAUUGCAGCUCAAUAAAGUUUUAAAACUCA